AUGGAUGGAGGCGAGGUGAAUGGGAGGAAGAGGAACGCUAGUGAAUUUGAGCUGGGUAAGUCUGACUUGAGGGAUACUAAGCGGAGCACGACGGGGGAGCUGACACCGAGAGGUGAUGCUGGAGAUGAUUCAAUUGGGAAUGUACCAAGUGACGAAAAUCUGCAUACAAAGACACGAAAGAAGAAGAAACCUGUAUUAGUGGAGGUGAAAAACCACUCGAUGGGCGAAGAAAUGAGAAGAGGCCGUACCUCUUCGACGCUCCCAACGUUUACGCCUGUCAAAUAUAAGGCUACAUGA